AACACAUCCACACACGCUCUGCCUCGCUCACACACGGAGCUACACGCACACGCGAGCACAUUCCUUCCUUCCUUCUCCCUGCCUCAGCCCUCGACUACUACAAGCCCAUGGAACAUUUCUGGAAAGACGCUCUUGAUCCAGCAGGGUGGCCGGUCGGCUGCUGAGCCCUCUGCCGCGCGGGGAGACGGUGCGCGCCUUGCCCGCGGCCACUGACCAUGACCAUGACCCUCCACACCAAAGCGUCCGGAAUGGCCCUGCUGCAUCAAAUCCAAGGGACCGAGCUGGAGACCCUGAACCGCCCGCAGCUCAAGAUCCCCCUGGAGCGGCCCCUGGGCGAGGUAUACGUGGACAGCAGCAAGCCCGCCGUGUACAACUAUCCCGAGGGUGGCGCGUACGACUUCAACGCCGCUCCCGCAGCCUCCGCGCCGGUCUACGGCCAGUCCGGCGUCGCCUACGGCUCCGGGUCCGAGGCGGCGGCGUUCGGCGCCAACGGCUUGGGGCCAAACUCAGACAAUCGGCGCCAGGGUGGCAGAGAGAGAUUGGCCAGUACCAGUGACAAGGGAAGCAUGGCUGUGGAGUCUGCCAAGGAGACCCGCUACUGUGCAGUGUGCAAUGACUAUGCCUCAGGCUACCAUUAUGGCGUCUGGUCCUGUGAGGGCUGUAAGGCCUUCUUCAAGAGAAGUAUUCAAGGACAUAAUGACUACAUGUGUCCAGCUACCAACCAGUGCACGAUUGACAAGAACAGGAGGAAAAGCUGUCAGGCCUGCCGGCUCCGCAAGUGCUAUGAAGUAGGCAUGAUGAAAGGCGGGAUACGGAAAGACCGAAGAGGAGGGAGAAUGUUGAAACACAAGCGCCAGAGAGAUGAUGGGGAGGGCAGGAAUGAAGUGGGGUCCUCCGGAGAUGUGAGGGCUUCCAGCCUUUGGCCAAGCCCACUCUUGAUUAAGCAUACUAAGAAGAACAGCCCAGCCUUGUCCCUGACAGCCGAUCAGAUGGUUAGUGCCUUGCUGGAGGCUGAGCCCCCCAUAAUCUAUUCCGACUACGAUCCUUCCAGACCCUUCAGUGAGGCUUCGAUGAUGGGCUUGCUGACCAACCUUGCUGACAGGGAGCUGGUUCACAUGAUCAACUGGGCAAAGAGGGUGCCAGGCUUUGUCGAUUUGAGCCUCCAUGAUCAAGUCCACCUUCUGGAAUGUGCCUGGCUAGAGAUCCUGAUGAUUGGACUUGUCUGGCGCUCCAUGGAGCACCCAGGGAAGCUCCUAUUUGCUCCUAACUUGCUCCUGGACAGGAACCAGGGAAAGUGUGUAGAGGGCAUGGUGGAGAUCUUUGACAUGUUGCUGGCUACGUCAUCUCGGUUUCGUAUGAUGAAUCUCCAGGGAGAGGAGUUCGUGUGCCUCAAAUCCAUCAUUUUGCUUAAUUCUGGAGUGUACACAUUUCUGUCCAGCACCCUGAAGUCUCUGGAAGAGAAGGACCAUAUCCACCGUGUCCUGGACAAGAUCACAGACACCUUGAUCCAUCUGAUGGCCAAAGCAGGCCUCACACUCCAGCAGCAGCACCGGCGUCUGGCCCAGCUCCUCCUCAUCCUCUCCCACAUCAGGCACAUGAGUAACAAAGGCAUGGAGCAUCUGUACAGCAUGAAGUGCAAGAACGUGGUGCCUCUCUACGACCUGCUGCUGGAGAUGUUGGAUGCCCACCGCCUGCAUGCCCCAGCCAGCCGUGGGGGUGCGCCUGUGGAGGAGAUGAACCAGAGCCAGCUGGCCACCACGGGCUCAACUUCAUCACAUUCCUUGCAAGCAUAUUACAUCACCGAGGAGUCAGGGAGUUUCCCCACCACGGUCUGAGAGCUCCCAGGCUACCCCAAGGUCCUGAGAAUCCCUGCGGCAUUUUACCCACGUCAUGCAUCACGAUAGCAGAGUUCCGCUCCUGCGCACACUCCAGCAUGCAUCCACCACCGUGGCUUUCUAAUACGAGUGGCCAUUUGCUUGCUCAGUUCUUAGUGGCACUCCUUCUUUUGGGAACAGCCAAAGGGAUUCCAGGGCUAAAUUCUUUGACUCUCUCUCUCUCUCUCCCUUUGCUACAUUACUAAGCGUGAGGAUUCUGUAGCUUUUCAUGACUGAACUCAGUCUACGAGCUGGGACUCAGGUGACUGUGCAUUUAAGCUACUUGUUGAGACCCAGACCUGCAGAGUGGACAUUUCAUCUCUGUGAAGUGCUUUUUAAUGGAUCUAAGAAAAAGCCCCAGGAAAGACUUGAAAGUGGCUCCUUUAAUUGCUGACUGGGAGAAAGCUAGGUCUAGGGUUCAUUAUGGCAUCGUCUUGUAUUCCUAUAGUAACAUAUCAUUUUAUUAAAGUAAUACCUUGAAGCUUUUGCUCUGUUGCAUGGCUGGAGCUGAAUAUUCAGUGAUUGUCCAUUCAUUUGCCCUAUAGGAAUACAAGAUGCCCACAGAGAAGGAGGGUCCCCUAAUUGUCAAAACGUUGUCAAGUUAAUACACUGACCUUCAGAUUUGCUGAAUGUUCUUCCACUGGUUUUUGAGAACACUGUACAGGUCAUGGGUUCCAGUUAAUUCUUGCUUCCCAUGGACCUAUGGAAAACAGCAGGUUGAUCCCAGUUAAGUCACCUCCACAUAGACCAGUUUCCUUUUAAGGGAUAAAUUAUUGGGGUUUUGUUUUUAGCCUUCUCCCCCCAGGACUUGCUGAGUAUCAGCUUCAGGACCUAGUCUUGUGUGGUCUCACACCUACCAGCAGAGGGCGCUCUGCUAGGCUCUUCCUGGUGUGUAACUUACACAGAGGGUGAAUUCAUCACACGGAGCAGUGCCCAGCCUAUGACCAAGGACAGUUUAAAUCAACAGGCACCCUGGUGACACUUUUAGCCCUGGGGCACUUGGGUCAAUAGUAAAUGUGCAUGAUUAUUGUAAAUACUGGAGAACAGGAGGAAAGUAGGGUAGAACCCGGAUAAAACUGAGAGGCUCAUGGUGAGCCUGCCACAGGCAAUAGCUCUGUCCAGGAGUGCCCCUGGCAGGCCCUGUGUGUACUGUGGGGCUGCCCUGGGACCCGUGGACACCCCUUCUCUUCUCGCCACCCUGACUGGAAGGAGCAGCAGUAGACAGCUGUGUUCCUCCAGUUGGCCCAGCACACUGUCGGGUGGGGCUGGAGGGCGAUGCUUAGAGGCUCCCUACUCAGGCUGCCGGGGACCGGGUCAGACUCCACGUGCUCUUGGUUGUUUAGAGCUCAUCCAAAAACCAGGGUUUGGCCUUGGGGAAAAAAAGUACCCCAAAGCUCAUUUCAUUAAACUUCAUAAGCCACGAGAGCGAGACUAGAAUUGGGCCAUAGGAAUCCUUUGCCCUAUAGGCUAAACAAGAAGGGCUCAGUCCAGCCGCAGGGCAGCCUUUCCUAGGCCUUUGAUUCUCCAGAGCAACUAGGGUUUAUCUCUUCUUCUCAGCCAAAAAGUAAGUUUGGUUUCCUCCGGCGACCUCACUGUGUAUGAUUCAAACCCCGUUGAGAGGUGAUGUGUUACCAACAACCCAGCCGAUCUUCUAGGGCUUCUCUUGGGAUGCCUGUUUCAAAAAGUGGAUUUCAUUCAUUUUUGAUUACUUAGUAAGCGAGCACCAAAGGACUAGGAACCUGGGAGGGCCAAAAAAUAAAAAAAUAGAAAAGUUUUUUCAUAUAUGUGCAUCUGAAUUUAGGGGCAGUUUUGUGUAUCUGCAGUAAGGAUAUGUUUAGAACAUAAUUCUUUUGUUGUUUUGUUUAAGAAGCACCUUAUAUAGCAUAAUAUAUAUUUUUUUUGAAAUUACAAUGCUUGUUUAUCAGACAAUUGAAUGUAGUAAUUCCGUCCUGGAUUUCAUUUGACUGGGUUAAACGUGCAAAACCAACGAAAAAUAUUUAGUUUUUUUGUAUAGCUACCUUGUCAUGUAUGCAGUCAUUGAUGCGUAGGGCCUGGUGAUUAUUCAUUUAAAUGAAGAUCACAUUUCAUAUCAACUUUUAUAUCCACAGUAGACAAAAUAGCACUAAUCCAGAUGCCUAUUGUUGGAUAUCGAAUGAUAGACAAUCUUAUGUAGCAGAGAUUAUGCCUGCAAAGGAAAAUUAUUCAGGGCAGCUAAUUUUGCUUUACCAAAAUAUCAGUAGUAAUAUUUUUGGACAGUACCUAAUGGGUCAGUGGGUUCUUUUUAAUGUUUAUACUUAGAUUUUCUUUUAAAAAAAUAAAAACAGACAAAAAAUUUCUAGUACUAUAGAUGAUGUAAUAGCAGCUAAAUCCAAACAAUAAUAAAGUGGAGGGUUUUACAUUGUUCAUCUAAUGUGUUUGUAUUCAUGUUAAAGAUACUACUACCUUUGAAAUGGGCAGAGAACACCAGAUGGUUGGAAUGUUAGCCCAGGGAAAUUCAAAUAAUUUUAGAAAUCUCUUUUUAUUCUUAUUUGAAGUGCCACUAACGGACAGCUGACACUUUGCAGCUGAUACUGCUGUUGGGGGUAGGGAACAUGUUGUAUCUCCCCCUCCACCCGCCCUCCCCGAGGCAAUUUAAGUUUUGAAAGAUAUAAUCAACCUGGGGGUUAGGGUAGGGUGGCGAAGUAGGUUCAGGAAUUUCAAGAGUGGGAAAUACAGUAAUAAGAGCCUUGCAAGUAUUUUCAGGCAGAUGGAUACUGGCACCUGGGGUAUGAACCAGGCUUCUGUAUUCCUCUAGUGCCCUGUGAACUGCGAAUGAUGACCAUUUCUAAAAUGGCAGCCAGAGUUCUACGGAAGAGCAAGCAUCGUCCGUGGUACCAUCUAAGAAAUAGCUAGCUAGUGGUCUGUGUUUCUUUUGGCCGCUGCCUGGCUCCGGGCUUGCCGUAAAGAUUCUGGAAUGCUGUCAUGCAACCAUCAGAGAGGCUAGUUCAUCCAAAGAGAAGACCCUACAGAGGUUGCAAAAUCCAGCCCCAAAGGAAGUGGAGUCGUUGGUUAGAGUUUCCUCUGAACCUUGCAAGGCCGUCUAACCAUGCCAUAUCCCAUGCCUUUUGGGGGCUGAACAAAUAAGGGACUUCCUGAUAAUUUACUCUCGAUCACAUUAAAGUGUUCUCGCAUUAAAACCUUAGACACUGAAAUGGCCAUUGAGUUAGGCUGUUGGUUUAGAGAACCCCUACAUGAAACCAAUUCCAAAUCCUUUCCUCUUCAUACUUUCCCACUCUGAGAUGGACUGUGGAUGCCGGGAAUGAUCACUAGGGCCGUAGUCAUAGCUAAUAUUCACAGGCAAAUCUGCUUUGAGAAACUAGUUAUUUGGAAGGCAGAUAGAGUCGUAUAGUAGUUUCUGAGGCUAUCCUGCUUCCCUUCGGUGCAAGUCUGGGGAGGAUGAUCCAGAUUACACUGCACACUUCCUAGGUGAACUCCCUGAAAACUUACUCUCAACUGGAGCAAAUGAAUUAAACUGUGGUCCCAAAUAUUCAUCUUCUCACUAGUGUGAUUCCUCUGUUUCUAACUGCAUCUCCUUUUCAUUUGGGUUAAAGUGAGUGUGACCUCUUUCUAUGUCAUUUAUAAUUGUUUUCUCAGUAACCGCUGCCUUGAUUAUGGCACUUCAAUUUUGCACUGUCUUUCAGAGGUUCAAGAAAAAUUUCUAUUCUUUUUUUUUUUUUUUGCAUCCAAAUGUGCCUGAACUUUUUAAAUAUGUAAAUGCUGCCAUGUUCCAAACCCAUCUUCAGUGUGUUUGUACAGAGCUGUGUACCCUGGAAACAACAUACAGCCCCAUGAGCAGGUGCCUGAGAUGUGGACCCCUUUGCAUUCACAGAGAGGUCAUUGGUCAUAGAGACUUGAAUUAAUAAGUGACAUUAUGCCAGUUUAUGUUCUCUCACAGCUUAUAUACAAUGCUUUUUGUGCACAGCAUAUUCUUCAAUGUAGAGCUCUUGUUUUAUGGGAAAAGGCUUAUAUGCCAAAUUGUGUCUGAUGGUUUAAUAUGCCUUUUCGCUGAUGCAUACUAUUAUUGAUGUGAUUCUGUUUUGUUGCAGCUUCGCAUUGUUUAAUGAAACACACUUGUAAACCUCUUUUGCACCUUUAAAAAGUAAGGAGUCCAGUGGGAUGCUCAAGCACCUGUAAACAAUUUUCUCAAUCUAUUUGAUGUUCAAAUAAAAAA